UAGAUGUGGAUGAACGAGUGUUCGUCAGAAUUUAUAGACCUUGCAUCUGUUUGGCUGAUGAUAAGAUAGCGUCGCAAAAAGAAACCAUGGCUUGGAUUUUAAUGAAAAGGGCUGAGAAACGGAGCAAAUUUGUUUUUCUAACAUGGCGUUACCGCAUCUCUUACAUCGGGUUUGUGGGUAUGCUGUUGAUGUACUGCUUGAGGGUGAACAUGAGUCUGGCUAUUGUGUGUAUGGUCAAGCCGGUACAUCACGCACAGAAUGCUACGGAAGUGAUAGCAAACGUCACUGGUGCUACAUACAUCUACAACCGAACAAUUGUCCCUGUUGACAGGAACUGUGAUGACUUGACGGAGAAAACUGGAAACGACACUCAUAUGGGGACAUUCGAGUGGCCCCGGUCACUCCAAGGCACUGUCCUGGCCGCGUAUUUCUACGGCUACAUAAUCACCCAGGUGCCAAGCGGGUUGCUUGCCCGGAGAUUUGGCUCCAAGAUCGUCAUCAUCAUUGGCCUCGGCAUAGCGGCCAUUGGCACAAUCCUCAUUCCGUUGGCAGCAAGGUGGAAUGUUUAUUGUGUCCUGGCGCUGCGGGUUGUCAUCGGAUUGGGAUCGGCUGUGACCGUCCCCGCUUACCACAACCUAUGGAGCCAAUGGGCCCCGGUCUUUGAGAGAACGAAACUGGCCACCAUCAGCAUCGCUGGUUCGACGACUGGUAACAUAAUCAUGUUUUUCUUGUCCGGGUUUCUUUGCGUCUACGGAUUCGACGGUGGCUGGCCUUCAAUAUUCUAUCUCUCUGGUAUUGGUACUUUAACAUGGUUAGUGUUUUGGACGGUUUUCGUCUACGAUUCUCCCGACAAGCACCCGUAUAUCUCGGAGGAGGAACGGCGGGAGAUACACGACAGUAUCGACAAACAAGUCAAACAGGCAAAGAACGAAGGAAUUCCCUGGCUGGACUUCGCAAAAUCACCAGCAGUCUGGGCGAUUAUCAUCGGCCAUCUCUGCAACAAUUAUGUUGCUUACACAUUAAUGGUUUGUCUACCAAUAUACAUGAGGGACGUACUAAAAUUUGACAUGAAACAGAAUGGCCUGUUCAUGGCCCUUCCGUACGUGCUGAUGUCAGUUUCGGUGGUUUUUGGGGGCCAGAUUGUAGAUAUUCUGCGAAAACGUGGGCUCAAGACGGGACUUAUCAGGAAAAUUUGCCAAACUUUAGGUUGCAUGGUACCGGCGGUGCUUCUGAUUGGUGCAGGGUUCGUCACGUGUCAACAGCGGAUGGCGGCCGUGGCAUUGUUCAUCAUAGCAGUGGGAUUCACCUCUUUUACGAAGUCGGCUUAUGUAGUCAAUCAUCUUGAUAUUGCUCCGAAAUACGCGGGGAUUCUUUAUGGUAUAAGCAAUACGUUUGGGACGAUAUCAGGAUUCGCAGCUCCCCUCGUAGUCGGAAAAAUGACAACGCAUGGCUCGCGAGAGGAGUGGCAGAUAAUCUUCUACAUCUGUGCAGCUAUCUACACUAUCGGAACCAUUUUCUACGGUGUGUUUGCCGAAGGAGAGGUGCAGCCUUGGGCGAUGGGCGGCGAGCAGCGGGCGUACUCGAUAUCCAAUCCUGUCCUCGGCUCAGGCAGCGACCAGGAAAGACAAUCACUGAGUAAGGCGGACUCUCUCGAGCCUGCUGAUGAUAGACUUGUAAGGUCAGGCACGGAUUUGAUGCGUUCGCUUGAAGAGGUCGACAAUGCCAGUAGUGACAGCGAGGAAGCAGUGGUGAAUUGCUGAAUUCAGGGAUUUCCGAAGGCAGAAUUUGAGGAGAUUUUUUUCCAAUGAGAGGGCCUGAAUCCUACACCGGAGCUUCAACCAAUCACUGGGCACUUCUUGGGGAAUUUCCGGUCAUUUCAAAUGAUAAUGAAUUCUGGCGUUUCACCGCAAGAGGUCAGGGACUUCUCAGUCAGCCAUCAGGUGGUCCGAUAGCGCAUAAGGGUAUCGAAUCCACAUGUUAUUGAACAGUAUUAACCCAGUUGGUUAUUUACAAUAGUGAGUGAAUCUUACCAAAACUUGCGACCCCGCCAGACGCGAUCAAUUUCUCAAUCGUACGUAAUUUUCCCUACAAAAUAAAUGCAGUCGUCGACUUCGGGUUAGGAAAUAUUUGCAUCCAACAAAGUUGGAGGGACAAUUGUACGAAAUAUUUCGUAGGAAAAUAUUUUAUCGUGUGAAGCGGCCAUUAGUUGGUUUUCACCAAUUGAAGCCGGUACAAGGAAUUUGACUGUUUUCAAAAAAGUCCAGCCCAUGUCUGGGAAUUCAUGUCAUUUGAGACCUUGUUUUCGUCAGAGAAUAUUUUUUCCCAGUAAAUACAACAAA